AUGUUAUUACAACAGGGUAAAAUUGAAUAUCCAGAUUUUAUUAUCGGUGAAGGUGAAAAUGAUUGUGAUAUAUUAGUUACAUUACAAGGAAAUUAUCAAGUCAAACCAAUGAAAACAAAAAUUGAUUUUGAAUGUACAAUAUAUUUAUGGGCACCAAUUGAUUCAUUGAUUGUUGUUGAAUUUCUUGAUGAUAAUAGUCCUUGUGAUAAUCGUAAUAGUUUUAUUAUGAUACGUGAUUAUUGGUCAUGGUAUGAACAGGUAUAUCCAAUGGAUGCAAAAAUUUAUCAACAAACUAAAAGAAUUUGUAAUGAUGAUUAUUGGAAUAGGAAAAAAUUUCAAUCCAAACAAAAUGGUGCUAUGAUUACAUAUCGUUAUAGAAGAAUAGUGGAUGAAAAAUUUAAAUUUCGUUUACAAUUUAUACCUAAUAAUGAACCAUGUAUAAUAUUUGUUGCCGGUUCAGAAACAACACAUGGUGAAUAUCGUUUGAAAAAUAAUGAUAAAAAUUGUGCAUUAUAUAUUGUACAAUCACCUAAAUGGAAUAAAGGUAAUUUUUUAGGUAUUAUGUUAACUAUUGAUGAAUUUGAUGUUGGUGAUACUAAAACGAAAACAUAUAUACCAUAUCCAUAUUAUUGUCAUGGUGUUAAUAAUUUUGUACAAUUUGGUGGUUUUGGACCCGGUUUAUCCGGCUAUAGUACAGAUGAAAUGCAAACAUGGAUUGAAAUUUGUAAUGAACGUUAUUUUCCAAAUCGUCUUUAUAUUAUUUGUCCAAAUGUUGUUGUACGUUUAAUAUCAUAUAAUCAACAACGAAAACCAUAUAUAAAAUUUCAUUAUAGAGCAUUAACAACAAAUUCAUUUUUAGCAACUGAUUAUUUAUUUAAACAAAAUGCAUAUAAAUUUGAAUGUACAAUUGAUUCGAUUGAAAUGCCCGAAAUGCCGACACCAUUAUUUUUAAGGGAUGAAAAUAAUUGCUGGUAUUUAAUACGUAAUCAAGGUUAUCAUUCAAUAUCAACAUUAAAUGAAAUGAAUUUAAAACAAAAAUGUAAAAUAUACAUACUGGCACCAUUAAAACAUUUUAUACAAAUUGAAAUGAUUGAUAUAAAUAUAAAUGAAAAUGAUCAUUGUGAUGAUUAUGAAAAAAUAGAUUUCAUUUCAGCUACGGAUGGUUGGACAUUUGAAAAUGAAUUCAUACCGAAUCGUAAAAUGGAUCAAUUACCAAUGUGUAAACAAAAUGGUAAUCGUUUUAUACAAUCAGCACAGAAUAUUGCGCAAAUUGAAUUCUAUAUACCACAAAAUGAUAAAUUUAAUUAUCAUUCAAAAAUUUCACCCGGUUUUGCAUUUACAGUUAGAUUUUUUUUCGAACCAAAUCUUUGUAACGAUGUCUACCUAAUCAAUUCAAUGAUACGUUAUACAUCCGAUCGUCUAAUAUUAAUGGAUUUUAAAUUACGUAAAAAUUGUACAAUCUAUUUCCCACGGUUACCAUGGAUUAAAUCCGGUUUCAUAGGGUUAAAAUUUCAUUUAUAUAAUUAUUCUAUUGGUAAACCAAUAUCCGAAUUAAGUAGUUUGGAACAAAAUCUUGUUAUUUUGGAUGUGCCAAACAGAUGCAAGCGAUUGCAUAGUGAAGAUGAUUUAUUACAGAUUGAAGGUGGCUUAAAAUUCGGUAUGACAACCAAUCUUGAACCAUAUGGUCUGGAAUUUUGUAAUGCAUUGGAUGUUCCACCACCACAUAAAAUAACAAUAAUCUGUCCUAGUUCGGCAUUCAGUUUACAAUCAAGUUUUAAAUAUGAUAAUUUUAUUAUAUUCGAUGUAACAACAUUAUUUUUAGGUGAACAACCAACCAAAAAAAAAAUUAAUGAAGAUGUUGCUUAUUGUGGUACCAGGCCAGUUUCAGAUCAAUUAAUUAUAUCAUUAGAUUAUCAUGUAUGUAUGCAAGUUAUAAAUGCAACUGGCCAUUAUUCAUUAGGCGCUUCAAUCGAUAAUAUAAAAAAAGAUUGUGAUCUUUAUAUAUAUGGUGCAAAUAAGGAACAAAAAGCUGAAAUUGAAAUAAUUUCCAUACGUUUUAAAUGUAAUGAUAGUAGCAGUAGUAAUAGUAAUAAUGGAAAUUAUUUAAGAAUUUAUGAUGGUUGGAAGAAAGGAAAUUUUACAAUAUUACCAAUUUAUAAUACAUAUGAUGAAAUAGAAAAACAUAUUUAUCCAAUGUGUAAAAGAAAAAAUACACCAAUUAGAUUAUCGGAUUCAAUUGGUCAAAUUGAAUAUCGAAUUGAAGGUAAAGAUUGGAAUAAUGAUUUUGAAUUUAAAGUACGUUUUGUUGAUCCCUGA